AUGUCAGAAACAUCAAUAAACCUUGUCAAGGAUAAAUUAUUGUCCAUAGCUGCAUCAGGGAUUUAUGUAAAUUUUCAGCCUGAUGUUUUGCAAAACACAUAUAAUGAAAUAACUCUGUUUUUAUCCGUAAAUGCAGAAUCUAUUGAUACAAUUGAGUUAUUCAAUUUGUACGAAUUGCAAUUCUAUAUAUCAUUAAUGACAAAUCAUGACGUGGAAGCCAAAACAUGUUUAGAUAGGCUUGUUGAUCAAUUUGGAUCUGAAAAAUCACAGCGAGUUAAAUUGUUACAAUCAAUUUAUUUUGAAGCCAUAGGCGACGAUGAAGCGGCGAUGAAAAUGUUAGGACAAAAUGCAGACGAACUAAAACUAUCUCGAAGAUUAGUUACCUUCAGUAGAAAGCCUGAUAACAAUGAAGACUAUAUUGCCAGCUUAAAUUACUAUCUAGAUUUACAACCAUCAGAUGCUAUUACAUGGGCAGAGUUGGCAAAUGAAUAUAAAAAGAUUGGACAUUAUGAAAAGGCUAUACAUUGCUUGCAAGAAAUUUUAUUACAAGAACCAUCUGCUUACAACGUAUUCUACAAAGUGGGAUUAUUCUACUAUUAUAAGUUUUUACAAGAAUUCUCCAACAAGACACUAGAUAAAAAAGACAGACAAUUAGAAGCAAUCUCAAUCUUAAACAAUGCGAAGAAUAACUUCUUGAGAUCGAUUGAAAUAUGUGACAGCUAUUCCUCGAGUUGGUUAGGUAUCUAUUUGAUUGCUAAAUCAGACUUCAAUCAGACUUUGUCGAAUAAAUUGGCCGAUAACAAACAAGUGAAGACCUAUUUAAAAGAGAAUUUAAAAUUAGAGGUUAUAAGUAAACAAAACGUCAUUAAAUUGAAUGAGCUUAAUGGCGAGGAAGAAUUUACUAAAUUUUUAAAUAAGUAUACAUAG